AAAGAGAGACGAACAGGGCACGCGAGAAGGGGAGUAGGAUGAACAUGGCAAUACCCAGAACGUCUGAGCGCUUUCAAUCCGAUCACAACACGCGUCUGACAUCGAUUUGGGCAUGGAUCACUCGCAGCAGAGACAGAGUCCAGAUGACUGACGUUACACCUGGGCUUUGGACAAAAUGAGGGUCAUCUACAUCCAGAACGCCGGCUUCGUCGCUGCUUUCUCGGGAGGCAAUGACGGUUGAGGUUUUUAGCUGUGACUUUGAGAUAUUGGCUGUAUUUCACGGUACAUUAUUAUAGGAUAUGCAGCGCCCUUAUUAACAAAAGAAAACUGGCAGAUCAUGCCAGUUUACGCAAAACGAAAGAGAAAGAUAGCUCGAUGUAAUAUGUGUUGAGAAUUGAUGUAUUGUUUCGAAUGACAAUAGUGAGAGGUGCUGUUAAGUGGCAUAGGCUACCUACCUGAAAGGGAUUUGUUUAACAUCGAACGUAGGCUAAAUGGUGCCACUGGCAACAUCAAGUCGCAUUCUUGGUUUUUGUCAUUGCUAGCUACUUAAAAUUAGACACUUAUAAUAUGCAAUGUAAAAUAUAUUUGACCGAUCAGUUUAUAGCCAACUCAUGAAAUAUACGUUCACUUUAUAAUGGUAUAGCCUAUUUAAUUCAUUAAUUAGUCGAGUCAUUUUUUAAUUGUGAUAGCCGGCUAUGUAGAUUAGACUCCUUGGCUAAUAGAUAUAACAAAUGCGAGUGAUCCAUAGACAAUCUUAGAUUUUAGAUGUUAAUUAUAAUUAAUCAUUUUCUUGGUUAUUUAUUUAUUUAUUAAGACUAUUACUAGGCCUCUUAGUAUUAUAUUAUCGAUAUUUGCCUAUAACGUUGGGAAAGAAUUAGUAUUAGCUUUCCUGAAAAUGGAAUCGGGUUGUGCAUCACCUCGAAGCGUCUCUCGUACUGAGGCUGAACCUGUUCGGUCCUUAAUGGGGAAAACCGGAGGGGGCGAAUCGCCCGCAACAUCACCUGCCGGCCACCCGGUGCCAGAAACACCCACAACGGGUGACGGCAGGAGAAGUUCGGGCGUCAAGAAACAUCACCACAAACACAACCUGAAACAUCGUUACGAGUUGCUGGAGACUCUGGGAAGAGGGACAUAUGGCAAGGUGAAAAAAGCCAUUGAAAGACACUCCGGGCGAGAGGUGGCCAUCAAGUCCAUUAGGAAGGAGAAGAUCAAAGACGAGCAGGACAUGGUGCACAUACGCCGAGAGAUUGAGAUCAUGUCGUCCCUCCGUCAUCCACACAUCAUCUCUAUCUAUGAAGUGUUUGAGAACAAGGACAAGAUUGUGAUCGUGAUGGAGUACGCCAGCAAAGGCGAGCUGUACGACUACAUCAGUGAGCGACGCCGGCUGAGUGAGCGGGAGACUCGACACUUCUUUCGACAGAUCGUCUCUGCCGUGCACUUUUGUCACAAGAAUGGAGUGGUACACAGGGAUCUGAAACUGGAAAACGUGCUACUAGAUGAAAACUGUAACAUCAAAAUUGCCGAUUUUGGCCUUUCCAACUUAUAUCACAAGGACAAGCUUCUGCAGACAUUCUGUGGGAGCCCACUGUACGCUUCGCCGGAGAUAGUCAACGGGAGGCCCUAUCGUGGCCCUGAGGUGGAUAGCUGGGCACUGGGUGUGCUGCUGUACACUCUGGUCUACGGGACCAUGCCGUUUGAUGGAGGAGAUCACAAAAACUUAAUUCGUCAAAUCAGCAAUGGGGAAUACAGGGAGCCUACUCAGUCUUCAGACGCGCGCGGUCUGAUCCGCUGGAUGCUGAUGGUGAACCCUGAGCGGCGGGCCACGGUGGAGGACAUCGCCAACCACUGGUGGGUCAACUGGGGCUGGAAGAACAGCGUGUGCGACUGCGAGGCCCAGCGGGACGCCGGCUCCCCCAUGCUGGCCCGCUUCAUCGACUGGCAGAACCGCGCCGAGCCCCGGCCCACCAAAGCCACGCGCCCGGAACCGCUGCUGCUCGUCCGCCAGCGGCCCAAGAAGUCCAAGAAGGAGAACGACGCGGGGGCGCCUCACUGUGGCGGGGAGGACAACCUGGAGCUGAAGCGACCCAAGGGGAUCCUUAAGACCCGGCCGUCAGACGAGCAGCGCUCCCCUAGUCUGGAGGAGAUCGAUGUAGGUCCUGCUGCCGAAGGUCCCAGAGGGGACUUGAUAACUGGUGCUAAAGAAGAGGAAGAGGGGCCUCCACUGAUGGGAAACUCGCCCACCAAAGCAGUGCCUAGUCUCCCCAAGAAGGGCAUCCUGAAGAAUAACCAACAACGGGAAUCAGGGUACUACUCCUCGCCAGAGCGCAGCGAGUCCUCCGAGUUGCUAGGGGGCAGCAUUACGCCUCUCGUGGCCAGCUCGCCGCCGAAGAGGGCCGUGGGCAGAAAGGGAAUCCUGAAGCGCAACGGCAAGUUCUCCACCUACAGCGCCGCGCCGUCCAUGAGCGCGCCGGGCGAGCCGCCGUCCUCCGCCGACGCCGGCCUGUCCCGCAGCCAGAGUCGCCCGUCCAGCAUCGUGGGCGAGGACAGCGUCGCGCUCGCCAACAACUCGUUCAGCGGCGCCGAGUGGCCCCCCUCGGCCCCGAGGCCCAACAUCCGAGGCUGCGCGUCCGCCGAGAAUCUGCUCCAGCUGGCCAACUUCAAGGGCCUCCAGACGGCGCCGCCUCUCCCCGGGGCCAAGUUCGGCCGCAGCCCCCAGGGCUCCCCGGGGGACAACAGUAGCUUCUCCCUGCUGGGUGACCUGGACGACAUGACUCAGGUAUACCAGCAAGCCCUAGACAUCAGCAGCAACCUGACCUAGAGGGGAGACCAGAGAGAGAGAGAGAGAGAGAAGGUGAAAGAGAAGAAGGAAGAAAGAAAGAAAGAAAGAAAGAAAGAAAGGAAGAGAGAAAGAAGAACGGAAGAAGGGAGGGAAUGAGAGGGUGGAUGGUAACAUCGGACUGUCAGUGUGUGGUGGGUAUGUGAAUGUCUUUGUGUGCUCUAUAAUGACGACCAGUGUGGUGCUGGGAAAUGCUUACUGGGGGGGAAAAAAGCUGUCCACUGUGGGAUCCAAUCAUGCAAGGAAGCUGUACUCACCAAGACAGACACACACACACACACACACACACACACACACAUACUGUAAGUCUCAAGGACAGGAGAAGAGUAGGGGGGAAGUGAAAUGUGGUACAAUGAGAGUGGCCCACCCCAGUCCAUCUCCCUCGCUCAAGUGCUGCAGCCAAAAUGUUUACAUGUUCAUUUUAAAAUCAAGAGGUAGAAUCACAAACACAAGACACCAUGCAGUGGUAGGCUCUCAGGAACAGCGGGGUAAAACCGCUCGCUGAGCAGAGAGAGUCCAACUGAGUUUACAAAGGCACCUUAACACUCACCCAGAGCACAUGUUUUUGUGAUCUUUGCUUCCUGUAAAUGAAAAAAAAAAUGAAAAGAAUAAAAAACAAACCAGGGUCUUGCUCCAAAAGAACUAUCAUUGUUAAUUAUUUAUUAAUAUUAAGCGUAGAUGUAGUGAUACCAAACUGGUGUGGUCUGGCUGUACUGGAAGAGUGGAUAAGCUCAAUGUCUCCAAUCCCUUUGAAUGGAAUUGACAUAUAUGAUUAUUGUGUUAUUCAAUUAACUGACCUAGCGUAUUCGAUAUAUCUCGAAGACCGCAUAUGUAAUACAAAGGGGUCACAUAUAUCACAACGCAUAUAUGUCCUUAUAUAUAUAUAUAAAAAACAUAUGUAUGGUUUGUAUGGGAAUAUGUAGGAAGUGCCUUUUUUCAAUUCAUAUGAAAUUGUGUAUGUCAUUUCCUAAAAGUGGAGAGAGAGAUGCCAGGUUAAGCCAUCACCAGAUGUGCUCUUUAAGUUGUGUUGAAUGUGGAAAAGACCCAGGACCUCAAAGGCACCGAGCCUCUCUUAGGGAUGUCAAAGGUUACAGUGCCAAAUAGGAUCCGUAGACGCAUCUGCAAUCCCUGUCUGUACAAAAGCCAUGUUGUCUUCAUGACUUGUCUUAUAGUCACGUGCCGUUUGUUAAGGUUUCCUUCACACUGCCUCUCAGACCCAGCUCACAGGCGACAUGGAUCUUGUGCCUUAUUUGUUUUCCCUUGGACUCCCGUUCUGGGCGGUCUCUUGAUUGGACUCAAUUGCUGGUUAAACACUCUGGACACGCUCACCUUAACACAGCUUUACAAAGGUAGAAGUCUCAGACACACUCUCAGUUCCUAGGAAUGUUCUUUUGGGGGGGCAAUAAUUUGCUUUUCUACUUUGUUUUGUCUGGAGGGCCCUGAAGUGGACCUUCUGGUUUAAAUCCCCCCCAACACCACCACCACGCCUUUGUCUUUAGAGGAGUCAUUUUCAUACCGAUUGAUUGGUAGCUGCAAGAGUGAGCAGGGUGAUUACAGCACAGGAAUUUCAGUUUUUUGCAUGAUGUUCAGUCUGUUAUCAUAACAUGUCACAAGUAAACUUUGAAACUAGAUCUGUUUGAGGGAGAAAAAAAAAAGUUAAGUAAACAGAUACACUGGAAUGGAGUGAUGAGACGGCAAAUUCCAGUCCUCAGACAUGUUGGCACAAGAGAUCUUAUCAGUGCUAGACUUUGUGGCUUUUUUAGGGUUUGUCACUAUUUCUUAUUAAGCAGGGCAAGACAUUAUGUUGAAUGUGCUUUUCAAUCAAAAAUGCUGUAGAUUUCAUUUUGUUUAUGUUUUGAAUCUUAGAAAGAGAAAAAGAGCGUGUGAGUGAAGUAGAAGUCAGAGGUGUAGAGAGAGAAAUGGUUAGAGUAUCACAGUAAGUUGGUGUAGACAGUAGAUGGGAAGAGAUUGUAUAGAUGGGUCAUAACUAGAACGAGUUUGUUGUUGCCGUGGUUAGGCGGCAUGGAAGGAAAGAUAAAUGUAAGUGUUGAUGUAAUGAGUACCAAAGGAAGGUAGAGACAUGAGAGACAAACAGAAAGUUUACUUUAAAGCCAAAGAGAAAUGAAAGCUUUAUAUUUUCUUGUUCAUUUUGUAGCUUGUGAAUGUACAGUAUGUUAGAGGUAGUUCCUCAGUUGAGUAGGAUUUGAGGAGCCUUAAGUUUUGAGGUUUGAGUUUGGAAAGCCACAGUUUGGGUGGUCAGCAGAAAGAGGCGUGGGGGGGGGUCAGGGAUGUGUCCAGCUGAAUGGAUAUCUGUGCCCUGUCACUCUUAGCAUAAACCUCCGGGAGAUAGAUAAACCUCUACAAACCAAACCAAAGCGCACUGAGUCAGUGCCCGUUAAUGAGAGACUAGCCCUCAGUAGCCAUUACUGCACACACAGCAGAGAACAUAAACAAAUUCCCCAUGAGUGUGUCCUGACGGUUUAGAGACAAUGUGCUAUGACGCUGGAUCCUGUUGAGAACAGUGGGCUGUAGAGAGCUGCAGUACCGUAAAUUGGGAAAUUGUGCGAGUUCCUUGAGAGAACGCUCAUUUAGAAGGGUCUUGACCACCAAUAGGGCAAACCCUGAAAACUGAAAACUCACUGUGCACAUCCAAAGGUUGAAGUGUGCAACAGAGGUCCUGGGUAUUGUUCAAAAAGAAACACCUAUUGUGUAUCAUAUUGUAUUGCAUUUUUUUUUGUAUUGCAUUGUAUUGUCAACUGGAUUUACAGUGAUGAAAUUAUACUAUGUUAGUAUUUUUAAAUACUUCUCUGUUUUUGAUUCUCCAAAAUAUAGAAUCUUUAUAUUGCUUUAUGUUAUGGCAGAACCCAGUAUGUGUUCGUAGAGUCUAGUUAGCAUCAGAGGCCCCUUCUUGCCCACGUGUAAGUCCAUGGCUUUGAGAAAGAGUAGUGGCUGAAACCAACUAAUGCUGUUUGUCAGUGCAUGCACACCAUGUGCAAAAAGUGAAUGAGCAACUGCUCAAACAACAGUCCGGCGGACUGGUCAAAACCAGGGUUAAGAGGGCAGUAAGCCAUUUUGUUCUGCCCUUGUUAUCAUUUCAGUCUACUGACCUAUUUACCAUAGUACGGGGCCUCUUUAAAACGUACCUGCUUUGAAAUACUCACGAUCAUCGUCGAUAUGAGAUAUAUGACCGAUGCUGGCCAUGUUAGCUGAGUCUUGGCACUGUUUAUCAUGAACACCACACUGACAUGCCAUGUCUAAGACUACACAAGCUCACACUUAGCAUGAGAUACUGUACAUCUUCACUCUAACGGAGUCUUUUGAGAGCAACAUCGGGUCACAAAUGAGUAGACAGAUUCAUAGACCAUGCUUCUGCCAAACUGGAAAUAACUGGUGCAUACUCAUUAGUUAGCAGAUGGCCUAAUCAUAGGAAAACUUGACUGGAUAUUGUUAUGACAAUAAUUAUAGUAUUAUGUUAUUUAAGUAUUAUUUUGUUAUGGUUCAUUAUUAUUGUUGGCUAAAGCCACAAUUACCUUUUUUUUAUGUUUUUUUUUUUCUUGUUGAAAACCUGGACUGCCAAGGUGAUUUGUGUUCAGUGCCUUUGCUAUCUUUUAUGAUCAUGAUCAUUAAUUUUUGAUAAGGAAAAAAAAUACCAUUGUGUUUUUAUACGCCUAUUUAUUGGUGGGGAAGCCAUGUUGUUGACUUAAUGCUACUUACCCAUACCAUCCAUGCCCAAGCCAAGCCUGUACUCACACAUUUGCAUUGACAUCAAUUGUGGUGACAUUAGAGAGCAUGUUUUUACUGUGCGUUUAGGAAAUUGAUGGUGGUAGUUUGUAGGUGACUGGGAGAUGGGAAAAGAUGUGUCUUCCUUUUAUGUUCAUUCAAAACCACUGUAACAUCAACUUCAAUAAAAAUGGAACAUUUCAGAGA